GAUCCACCCUUAAUAAGGAACAAAUGUCCUCUUCACCGGUGUAAAAAUCACUGAGGCAAUUAGAGGUCACCGGAAGAAGAAUGUGUCUGCUUUCCGAGUUCUGAAGAGUUCUCCUCCACUAACCACGCCAAGAUGGGAAUUGUCCAGGCUAAAGGAAUGGACUCUUCAAGGAGAAAAGAUGCAUAUUCCCGCUUCAAACAAGUGCCUCUUGAUCAAAUGCCUGCAAAAGUUCGAAGAGUGGUUGUUGAUGGCCUUGGAAGAACCAAAAAUGACAUUGUUGUCAAAGAAGUGAAAUCUAUAUUUGGAGCUAAAAACUUUCAGGAGAUGAUACAUCGAACCCAUGAUGUCAAAGUCCGGUUUGAGAAACUUGGUCUCUUCAGAUCCAUCAAGAUAAUGGUGGACAACUUGAAAGAAGAUUCUGUUUCUACUGAUAACUAUGAAGUGACAUUUGAGGUUGAAGAACUACGAAGGGUCUCUGGUGGCAUCAACACCUUAAUUGGUACCAAUGAUGCAAGUCUUUUGCUGGGAAUGAAAUUACCGAACAUGUUUGGUCGAGGUGAAAAAUCUAUAUUUGAAUAUUCUCAUGGUACCAAGACUAACCGAGGACAAAAUUUCACAUUCUAUGCUCCCUUACAUGGCAACCCUGACACAAUGUUCAGUUCAGGGGUGUACCAGUCCAGUAUGGAAUAUCCCUGGAGUGGUUACGUAGAGACCAGUCGAGGAACGUCUAUUGACUUCACCUUACCUUCAUAUUUUGGCUCUCAUUGCCUGCGUCUUGAAGGAGUCUGGAGAGAUUUACGAGCUUUAUCACGAACAACUGCAUUUGCUGUCAGAGAGCAAGCCGGACACACGUUAAAAUCUUCAAUAAAGCAUGAAUUUGUCAAAGACACAAGAGACGACCCAAUAAUUCCACGACAUGGUUUCCUGCUGAAAAUUAUUGACGAAUAUGCAGGACUUGGUGGUAACGUGGAAUAUUUGAAAAAUGAAAUAGAAUUUCAGGGGACGAAAUCCUUAUUCUUUGAUUGUAGUGUACAGAUGUCGUUAGCUGGUGGAAUGAUGAAACCUCUUGCAACUAAUAACGAGCUGAAAAUCAAUGAUCGAUUUUUCCUUGGAGGACCUUUGACCCUGAGAGGGUUCACACUAAAAGGAGUUGGACCACACAGUGAUGGUAACGCAUUAGGUGCUGACACCUACUGGCUGGCAGCGUUACACCUGUAUACACCUCUACCCUUCCGUCCUGGAAAAGGCGGCUUUGGAGAACUGUUUAGAACUCACCUGUUUGUAAAUGCUGGAAACUUGGCCAACUUGAAGCUCAGUGAUGGUCCGAGGGGAAUAUUAAAUGGUCUGAAAUCAAAUUACAGAGUAUCAUAUGGUGGUGGAAUUGUCCUUCGGAUGGGACGAGUGGCUCGCCUUGAAUUGAAUUAUGUUGUGCCCUUACACAUAUGUCAAGGAGACAGUGUCAACCCUGGUCUUCAGUUUGGCAUUGGCUUCGUGUUCUUGUGAUACCACUUACCAUUCUACCAUUGUAGUUAUAUUUCCGGUUGAGUCUGGUCCAGCCCUCUCUCCAUCCACCAUUGACCGGUGCCGGACAUUACUGUAUCCAGCCUGUACUGGUCAUCCACGAACCUUUUGUUUCUGUCCAGUUGGGUAUCA